AUGUCUGCUGCAUCCCCUCGCCGCAACAUCAGAGUCCAGGCAUGUACGAACUGUUCCCGAGCCAAGGCUAAAUGCGUCUGGCCAGGGAUCGAAGGUCCUGCCCCCGAGACUUGCCAAAGGUUUGGUCUAGCCAUCGACCACACAAAGGUGCUUGAACGGAAGCUAGACGACAUCAUGUCGCUUCUGAACCGCGACCGCGAACACUCGGCUCGAAACAGCCAGACUUCAGACAGCCAUCCAUCGCCAUCGAUCAACCUCCAUUCAACGACGACGCAGCACCAAUCAGAUGGCUCUUAUUCGCCAUUGAACUCGACCGCAACUCCGGUCGAAUUGCUUCAAGGAAUAUUGACAAUCAUCCCCGGAUACCGAGUCACCUUGCAAGAAGCCAACGUGAUUCUUCAACUGUACAUGUCCGACAUGGUCCCCCAAUUCCCAUUUGUCCCUUUAUCCGUCUGCGAUGCACAAGAAUUGUACAAAGACAAACCGCUGCUCUUAAAGACUGUGAUAUGGACUCUGAUGCACCUUGCCCGAGGACUAGCAGAAGACUUGGGACUGACAAAACGCCCUGAUCUCUCGACAUCCACCUCCCAGUCAAUUGUCGAGAAUGCUGCGCACCUGAGAGACGAUCUCGGCAGCCGAUCCUUUCACACAAAUGCAGGCCGGCGCGCUGUUCUAGGUCUCUUCUAUAUCAAUUCUGUACUUGGUAGCAUCCUCGGUAGAGCCUCCCGGCUGGACUUUGCACGUUACUUUGAUGACUGCUGCGGGGACUUGUCCAACGACAACGAGCUUCCAACCGACUCUUUGCUCGUACACCUGAUAAAAGCAAGGAAGAUUGCGCUCAAGGUCGACGAUGUAUUCGGGGAAAGGACCGACUUCCAGAGUGGCAGACCAUUCGGAGGCUUCCAUGCCAUGGUCAUCGCCAACGUACAAAAGGAACUGGAGACAUUCGUCAAAUCCUUGCCAACCCCUCUUCGUUCAAACUACCUCUUAAAUGAGCAUUGCAUGGCCAUACGCAUUCGACUGUUCGAACCCGCCAUACAUGCCAAUGGAACCCAUGGAUUCAAGUCCCCUCACCUGAGGUCUCGAAUCAUGUGGCGCUGUUUUACGAGCACUCAGGAACUCUUGCAUGCGUUCCUCUCCCUGAGUGUGGAUACAUAUCCGACUCUCACCUUCAUUUCAAUCCUCCAUCUGGCACUCGCCAUCAUCAAAGCAGCAGGGCUUCUGAGUGUAGUGGAUCACGAUUGGGACCUGGAUACAGCGAGAGCAAACUUAGAUUUGGCAGACACGUUGCAAAUAUUGAGCGACCGGUUCAUCACCAGUCCUCGUGCCACCGGCUAUGGUAGCACGAUCUUGAGCAGUCGUCAACGGAUGGUAUCAGCUUACGCAGAAAACUACUUCGGUAUCAGGAGCUGGUAUCUAUGCAAGAUCGGCUCUACUGCUACUCCCGAUGCAGUGCCGAUGAUGAUGGACCCUGCCUUCUUGCAGGACAGCGGGAUGACAGAAGGAUUUGACUUUUGGCAGCACCUGUCGGGUUUGUCUUACGGGAAUCUUCCAAAUGUUUAA